AUGGAAAGUCUACUGAGAACAGGAAGGAAGACCUCCGGAAUCAGGUCUCCAAAAACACCAAGAGGUCUACUGAGAACAGGAAGGAGGACCUCCAGAAUCAGGCCUCCAAAAACACCAAGAGGUCUACUGAGAACAGGAAGGAGGACCUCCAGCAUCAGGCCUCCAAAAACACCAAGAGGUCUACUGAGAACAGGAAGGAAGACCUCCGGAAUCAGGUCUCCAAAAACACCAAGAGGUCUACUGAGAACAGGAAGGAGGACCUCCGGAAUUAGGCCUCCAAAAACACCAAGAGGUUUACUGAGAACAGGAAGGAGGACCUCCGGAAUCAGGCCUCCAAAAACACCAAGAGGUCUACUUAGAACAGGAAGGAUUUCCUCCAGCAUCAGGCCUCCAAAACCACCAAGAAGUCUACUGAGAACAGGAAGGAAGACCUUCGGAAUCAGGUCUCCAAAAACAGCAAGAGGUCUACUUAGAACAGGAAGGAGGACCUCCAGCAUCAGGCCUCCAAAAACACCAAGAAGUCUACUGAGAACGGGAAGGAGGACCUCCGGAAUCAGGCCUCCAAGAACACCACGAGGCUAGUCUUAUCCUAAUUAUCCUGAUGGGAAGUAAUUGUUCUGAAGCUGGAACAUACAAAAGGAAAACCCAACGCAAGCCUCAAGUUGCCUGGGAACAUUAACAGUGCUUCUAUUGAGCUGGAAGUAAGCACACAGUGCUCAAUAAAUGUUCCUCUUUAUUAUGCGGGUCUACUGACAACAGGAAGGAGGACCUCCGGAAUUUGACCUGAUAAAAUACUAAGCGGUCUACUGAGAACAGGAAGGAGGACCUCCGGAAUUUGGCCUGAGAAAAUACCAAGAGAUCUACUGAGCACAGGAAGGAGGACCUCCGGAAAUAAAAGUGCAUAGAUUGCUUACAGGAACGAAGGACCUUGGGUGCACAGGGUGAAACUACAGGUUCGUGGAAUGAAGGACGAGAGGGGGAGGGAGUUUGAAUGCUUUCUCCAUUCUCCCCUUUGAUUAUGUCGGUUAGAGUUUCAGUUGUUCAGAAGCGUGAGUGUACAUAUGUUGGAUUCUGCGAGGAAUGCGAAUGAAUAAAUAAUGCGAAUAAAUAUCUGGGUUCACACGUUGCA